AUGUUUCCUCAGGCUAAUGAGAUUUAUUACCCAGUAGAAAAGCCUGAUAUUUCAUCCGCCUUCUUCCCUUUCUCUCCGCCAACCUUUCAUCACGACAGCCUCCACGACAUCUUUAUCCCCACCACCGCUACCGCCACAGUAGGCGCUCCGGCACCUGCAGCUCCAGAUAAAACACCUUCCGGCGGCGUUGGUCCUCCGCUUACAGGCCGGAGGCGUCCAAUGAGAAAGGAUAGACAUAGCAAGAUAUACACGGCACAAGGACCUCGAGACCGGAGGAUGAGACUUUCUCUUGACGUUGCACGCAAGUUUUUUGACCUUCAGGAUAUGCUGGGCUUCGACAAGGCAAGUAAGACAGUUCAAUGGCUCCUCAGCAUGUCUAAAGUCGCCAUUAAAGAACUGGUUGGCGCGGCUUCCAAGUGUGCCGUGGUGUCCUCUUCUGAAGGAGAAGAAGACAACUCGACUGUAUCGGAUAGCAAGGGAAAGUCAACAUCGGCUAUUCUUGUAAACGAAUUAGAAAGCAACGCAAAGCCUAAAGGUAGGAUUUUGAAGUCGAGGUCUAUAGUUCAGCCGAAGGUUGCUAGAGAAUCAAGAGAAAAGGCAAGAGCGAGAGCAAGGGAGAGGACUUUGGAGAAAAAGAUGAUGAGAUGUGGAAGGGAAGAGGAUGGAAGUAGAGGUAAUUACCAACAGGCAAAUGUCUUACAAUCGAUUCCGUUGGGUGGUUUCCUGCAGGAGGAAUAUUCUAGUUCACAUGAUUUAAAAUCCUCCUUAGAUUUUGUGGCUGAAAUGGAAGAACACUGCUCGACUUCUCCCAUAUAUGGAAACGAAAUUGAUCAUAAUGGAUCAGGUUCAGUUGCAGCGUUUGAUUGUAAUCACCAAACUGUCGUUGGCUUAUUUCAAGAGCCAUGGGAUCACAUGAGUACUUUUGCAAAUAACUACAUCGAUGAAAAGGUUCUUCUUGGGGAAGUUUUACUGCAGACCAGCUAUGGGAGGCCAAUCAGUACGCCGUCAAUGUUUGAUCAUGUCUAA